AUGGCGGAGAGAGGCGCUGGAGACCGUGGUGGAUUUGGCCGUGGCUUUGGAGGACGCGGACGUGGAGGAGAUAGGGGAGGUCGCGGUGGACGCGGUGGACGCCGUGGUGGACGCCGUGAUUCCGAAGAGAAAGAGUGGGUUCCGGUAACGAAGCUUGGCCGUCUAGUGAGAGACGGAAAAAUCAAGUCCAUUGAGCAAAUUUACCUCCAUUCGCUCCCAAUCAAAGAAUACCAAAUCAUCGACAUACUAAUUGGUCCCUCUUUGAAAGAUGAGGUUAUGAAAAUCAUGCCGGUCCAGAAGCAGACCCGGGCCGGUCAGAGGACCCGGUUCAAGGCGUUCGUGGUGGUCGGAGAUGGUAACGGACACGUUGGUCUCGGUGUCAAGUGCUCGAAGGAAGUGGCAACUGCGAUUCGUGGCUCGAUUAUAUUGGCCAAGCUUUCUGUGAUUCCAGUCAGGAGAGGGUACUGGGGGAACAAGAUUGGUAAACCACACACCGUUCCCUGUAAGGUCACCGGAAAAUGUGGUUCAGUCACUGUCCGCAUGGUGCCUGCACCUCGUGGCGCCGGAAUUGUCGCUGCCCGCGUUCCCAAGAAGGUUCUACAAUUUGCUGGUAUAGAGGAUGUUUUCACCUCCUCCCGAGGUUCUACCAAGACCCUUGGAAACUUCGUUAAGGCUACCUUUGAUUGUCUACUGAAGACUUAUGGCUUCCUCACUCCGGACUUAUGGAGGGAUACUCGCUUCUCAAAAUCUCCUUUCCAAGAAUACACUGAUCUUUUGGCCAGGCCGACUGCCAAGGUUGUCCAAGUCAUCGAGGAUGCAGAGGCCUGA